CACUCGCGAGCGACUGCUCUUGUUUCACUUCGGGGAAUUCGGGGAAUUCGUAUCUGAUCCAUUGCAGUGAGCGACGGGAGGAGAGAAAUGAGAGCCAUUUUGGGAUUCUACGUUAACAACUAGAGCGGUUAAUUCUUCCGAUUACUGGAGAAAAUGUUCACGUUUCGUAGUUUUUGAUCAACAGUUCAUGUUUCAUGAUCUAUACAAACAUGCCUCCGCUUGAACUCUAGCGGAGAUUCUUCUCACUGUCUCUGAAAUCACUUUGAUUACAAUUAGCAAAUCGGAGCAGGUGGGGGAGGAGGAUUAUACAUAAUAUAUUUAGUGGAGAGGGUAGUGUGGCGGAGAUGAAGGGCGGCGUUGGCGGGGGGAGCGGAGCUUCUGCUUUUAUUCCGGCGAAAAGGCGAUGGAGAGGACUCGUGAUCGGAGUACUUGGCCUCGUUAUCCUCUCAAUGCUUGUGCCUCUUGUGUUUUUGCUCGGCCUCUACAAUGGUUUCCACACUCCGGGAUAUCCAUCUGACACGCAAAAUUCAAAAUCAGGGUUUCAACCUGGUCAUGUCGAUGACAUCAUCAGAAAAUUGGGACCAACUCUUCCCAAGGAUGUAUUUCAGAACUAUGCCAUUAAACCUCAGAAGGAAGUUAAAGGUUUCAUACAUGACAGUCAGGAAGUUAAAGGUGUCAUACAUGACAGUCAGGAAGUUAAAGGUGGCAUACAUGACAGUCAGGAAGUUAAAGGUGCCAUACAUGACAGUCAGGAAGUUAAAGGUGUCAUACAUGACAGUCAGGAAGUUAAAGGUUUCAUACAUGAGGAAGCAAAAGAUUUGCAACCUCCAAAAGUUGAUACUCGGCCGACGCAUUCCCAUGAAAAUAGUACCAAAGUUGGUGGUAGAGUCCAGGCUGCCCGACGUAUGACUGUCAUGGACGAAAGUGGAAAACCAUGUGAGUGGAAGUUUGGAAGCUAUUGUAUUUGGCGACAGGAAAAUAGAGAAGUUAUUAAAGAUUCUAUGGUAAAGAAAUUGAAGGAUCAGCUUUUUGUCGCUAGAGCAUACUAUCCUAGCAUUGCAAAACUUCCAUCACAAAGCCAGUUAUCUCAAGAACUGAAGCAAAAUAUUCAAGAGCUGGAACGUGUUCUGAGUGAAUCAACUACAGAUCUCGAUCUUCCUGCGCAGAUAGAGAAAAAGUCACUGAAGAUGGAAGCUGCAAUAACCAAAGCUAAAUCAUUCCAUGUGGACUGUAAUAAUGUGGACAAAAAAUUACGACAAAUAUUUGAUCUGACUGAGGAUGAAGCUAAUUUUCACAUGAAACAGAGUGCCUUUCUCUUCCAACUUGCUGUUCAGACCAUGCCAAAGACCCAGCAUUGCUUGUCUAUGCAGCUAACUGUUGAAUAUUUUAGGAUUGGUUCAACCGAUUUGGAGCCCUCUCAGGCCGAGAAAUAUGCAGAUCCCACUUUGAACCAUUAUAUAAUAUUCUCGAAUAAUAUACUUGCAUCAUCAGUGGUAAUCAACUCAACAGUUAUGCAUGCAAAAGAAAGUGGGAAUCAGGUUUUUCAUGUAUUGACAGAUGGAGAGAAUUACUUUGCCAUGAAACUCUGGUUUUCGAGGAAUAGUUAUAAGGAGGCAACUGUUGAAGUAUUAAACGUUGAGCAUAUUAAACUCAAUGAUCAUAAAAAUGCAACUCUUGUAUUGCCUCAAGAGUUCCGUGUCUCAUUUCGAACUUUAACUCACUCUAGGACAGAAUACAUUUCGAUGUUUUCACAUUUGCACUACCUUCUCCCUGAAAUAUUCAAGAACCUGGAAAAAGUUGUAGUUUUGGAGGCUGAUGUUGUUGUUCAGCGAGACUUAUCAGCCUUGUGGAGCCUUGAUAUGGGAGGAAAAGUUAAUGGAGCUGUACAGUUCUGUCAAGUGAGGUUGGGCGAGCUGAAAAGUUUUCUGGGCGAGAAUGGCUACGAUCAAAAUGACUGCUCUUGGAUGUCAGGAUUGAAUGUAAUCGAUCUGGCCAAGUGGAGAGAGCUUGAUCUUUCUCGAACUUUCCGUAGUUUGGUCAGGGAGCAGAAGAGCAUGCAGGGCCGAUCAACCGAUACUACUGCAUUGCGUGCAAGCUUGCUUACUUUUCAGGGCCAGGUGUAUGCCCUCGACGAUUCAUGGUCUCUAUACGGAUUAGGUCAUGACUACAAGCUUAACGCCCAAGACAUCGAAAAUGCUGCGACAUUACACUACAACGGGUACUUGAAACCUUGGCUGGAGUUGGGUAUCCCAAAAUACAAAGCUCACUGGAAGAAGUUUCUAGACAGAGAAGAUCUGUUCUUGAGUAAGUGUAACAUAAAUCCGUGAUGAGUUUGAUGAUUCUACCACACCGUCUACUACUCAGAAUUCCAAGAAAUCUGGAGCUCAACUAAUCAAGUAUAAUUUUCGUCGACAAACGGGAUUGCCCUCAACUGACAGAGAGCUCAUUUUUUUCGGUAAAUAAACUACUAGCUCCAUCCAGAUCAAGUUUGCUUGUGGUGACUUCUGAUAUAUCAUCACUUCUGUGGUAUUCUUUGAGAUUUGAUGAAGAAGAGAGAGCAGCGGUAGAGAUUUCUCUUUGUUUGCUAGUUGGUUUGUUGAAUGAGAAACUGAGUUUUGGAAAGUGUGGCAAAUAAGGCAAAAGAUGCAGAAAGGCUCAAGAUUCGCUUGGAAGUUAAUGAGAAUAUGUUCUUGUCUUAUGCCUUAACAGGAUUGUUUGUCUGUUGAUGUCACUCAUAUUAAUAUAUAAAUAUGAUAUAUAUAUAUAUAGUUUAUAUAGUUAGAUUAGGUUCUCACGAUUCUAGUCAAAGUGAAACUAUAAAUUUUUUGACAAUUCGUAUUCAAUUUGAUUAUAAUAG